AUAGAAAAAACAAUGUUAAGGUAUCAGUUUAUUCUUGUUUUAUUUCAUGUAUAUGUGUGUCAAUGCCAGAGUCGCCUAACAAGCUCUGAUCUUUCUAAUCCACCACUUCAAAGCCACCUUGACCCAUAUACCACUAAACAUCAUGCUUACAAAGACACUAAAUUUGGAUCAACAUUUACACCAGGCUCAAAGGCCCAACCCUUUACCAUUUGGACACUGGACCAUGGUAAAAUAUCAUAUCCUGGGGAAAAUUUUCCCCAAGGGUCUCCAAUUGGUUUCCAUGUCUACACCAACCAUUCAGGCUUCCUAGAUUGCAUGUGGACCGGCCAAAAGUCAUUGAUUGACUUUGUGAAUACCAGUCCAUCAAAUGUGCAGUAUGUGUUUUUAACUUUUGACAAUAACGCAUUAAAAAUCGCAACCUGGAUGAAAUCCCAGUUACAAAAUGCUCUUUUAUUGUCAAAACUAACUCUUACUGAGCAAACAAAUUUUAUGAAAAAAAGUUUCUUUGUCAUCACCCCGGUUUCAGAACUAGGCAAUUGGAUUCCCGCCAUUUUGCAGGAAUGGUCAUGCAGUGACCAUGGAUGCGGUUACAACCAAGUUGCAUUUGAAUCAAAAUCCUGGAACCCGCCGGUUAAAUUUGUAAAGCGAGUUGAUGCACGUUAUGACUGGGCAUUUGUUCACCAGUGGAAACCUGCUGCCCCUACCUUAACCCACGUACCAGAUGGUUGUUCGUUUAGUGUAAAAAACAUGAUACAUAUAAACGGCUCUGUUGCUCUUGUAGCAGGUUCCAGUAUAAACUGCACCAUUGCUAAAAAGGUAAGCAACUUACAAAAUGCAGGAGCUAUUGGUGUGCUUGUGUACUCAGAACCUGGUUAUCCAUUAAAAGACAUUAACUGUGAUGGUGCAGAUUGUUCUGUACAAAUCACUAUACCAGUUGUGAGCAUCCCAUACGAUGCUGAAGUAAUUGAAAGUGUCAAAACAGGUUAUGUUGUAACAGCAAGCCUUCAGAAUACUCCAUCUCCAAAUUUCUACUUUACAAUUGACGGAAAGGGCAAUCUUGCAGAAGCUGGUUGGUUCCUGUAUCCCUCCCUGCAGUUUCUAGCUUGGCAAAUGCAGUGGCUUGUAUUUGAUGCUAAUCUAACAAACAAAAUCUCAACAUUUGUUGAUUACAAUGUACCUGUGUUUAACCAUACAGUAUUGCAAGGGAAAAAUGGGACAGGCAAUGUCACAGUUCAGUUAAAUAACCUUCAAAACUACAACAGUUUGUAUUUGGAUAUGUCGCUUGGGUGUGUCAGUGACACAGAAGAUGGUUGCCCGCCAUGGGAUCAUGUAGCUACUUUGUAUGUGUGUUGUGAACAAGCUGAACAAGAGUUAUGUGGUGUAGAAGUAGGACGUUGGAUCACUGCAUUUCGGAGAGGCACUGGUCACUGGCUAACCAAUGUUUCGCCACUUUUACCAGUGUUUGGUUUAUCAUCAUCAACUAAAUGCAGUUUUAAGGUUUUACUCGGGGCAUGGUGGGCUAAGCCUUGGACAGUAACCUUAACACUUAGGUUUAAAAAGACUCCUACUCCACAAUCUUUCUAUCCAACAGUAUCCAAACUACCCUUGAGGCCUUUCAAAGCCAUUCCUUUAUUCCAAGGUGGAACAUUCGACAGUAACUACAAUAAAAACCACCCAAUGCUCCAAAUAACAGCACCUAGCUUUACCUCUGCUAUUAUUUAUGCUGUUAUAACUGGCCAUGGCUCUGACGAUCAUAACUGCGCUGAGUUCUGCGUCACGACACACCUUUUCUCUGUAAACAACAACUCAGCUCAUAGCACAACAUUCAACAAUGCUGGGACGCCAUUAGGCUGUGCAGAGCGUGUGCCAGAAGGUGUGGUGCCUAACGAGCAUGGUACUUGGUUAUAUGGUAGAGACGGUUGGUGCGAUGGUCUGCAGGUUGAUCCAUGGUUGAUUGACAUUUCAAACGAACUUCUUCCAAACUCCAUAAACAACAUAACAUACCGUGGACUGUUUGAAGGCAAAGAUCCAAAUCCAAAGCAGAACCCAGGAUUGAUUAGAGUUUCAUCUUACCUUGUGUUUUAUCAUUAAUAUAAAUCUUGUUUUCGAUUUAUUUAUGAUUAUUUAUCAUCAAUUUUUUUUCAUUUCCAUUAUUGUCAAAUUAUUAUAAGAAAACUGUGUCAUUUAUUUCUUGGGUUAAAUACCUUUUUUUCUUAAUAUGUAUUAUAUUAUAGUCAUAAACUCAAGGCAAAUUCUGACACAAAUUGUGUCAUUUAAAAUUAUAUCAUACAUUAUUGUGAAUUUGUCUUCACAUUAUAUUCUUCACCAUUUUACAUCAUAAAUCCCUUAUAUUGCCUAAAUCUAUUACCAUUCUGUUUUCACCUCAAGAUACAUACUGAACUAGGUAUCAUGAAAACUUAUUGACAUGGCUGGCUCUACUGGUUUAAAGUUUGGUCAACAUAUUAUCCCAGCAAGCACCACAUUCUUAAGAACUUCACUCAGUUUUGCCUUAGUGAAUAUUAAGCCUGUUGUUCCUGGACAUGUACUUGUGUGUCCCAUUCGUUUGGUUGAACGAGUCAAACAGCUAAAAACGGAGGAAGUAUCCGAUCUUUUCAUUACUGCACAACGUGUGUCAACAGUCGUUGUAAGUUGUUUCAAAGCAUCGUCUGUUUCUAUCGUCGUACAGGAUGGACGAGAAGCUGGUCAGUCUGUUCCACAUGUUCAUAUCCAUAUUUUACCGAGGAUUCUUGGCGACUUCUUGAACAACGACGACAUUUAUCAAGAGUUGCAAAGACAUGAUAAAGAUUUGCUGGAAUCUCAACACCGAACAAUAUAUGAGAUGGAGAGAGAAGCCGCUCUACUCAAACCAAUGUUUCAUUCCGAUUCUUGAUGUUACACCUCAUGCUCUUCUGUCGUGCAAUACUUAGCAGUGAAUUUCCGAUUUUAUGAUUAUAUAUUCGUGGAUUAGUUUAUACAUUGGUGUAGAACAAAACACACUUAUGUUUCUGAAUGUUAAUUGCUUCUAUUUCCUUGAAUACGAUACAUUGUUGCAAAAAA